AUGGCUCAGUAUAGUCAAGUCUACAACGUCGACGACCAUGACUCAAACGUCAACACAGGACGCACAGUCUACCAUUCUACCACAAAUCCUCAUCACCCGUCCGACUAUAGACCCUACAACGCUGAGAAGCAAGCACCGUUCCCAGCAGCCACAGAACUGAACCCCCAUGCAUUUAAUCAACAUCCCACGCAACAAUAUGCAGCGACGAACCCACAACCCCGAACAAUACAACGUCAGCCAUGGCAACGAAGAGUCGGCUAUCUUGGAUGGUGGAUCAUUGGACUGGGAACGAUCGUAAUGUUGGCCGCUAGUGCUUUUCUUGUCUUCAUCUGGUAUGGCGCUUCUCUUGCCAGAAGACAGCUUCCUCGACCCAAACUUUGGGAUAGCAUCGUCUUUGACGACAAUGCAGCACGAGUCGUAACUCUCUGUUCUGCUGCGAUUCGAGUAGCCAUGGACUUUCAAAUUGGACUCCUAGCUGCUUCAAUGGCAGCCAUCAUUCUCGAGACCACCGGUACGCGUCUUUCAGAUCUCGCUAGUCUGUCUUUGUCCAGAGCUUUUGUAGAUGGUGCAAGUCCAUGGGAUAUCUUUUUGAUUGCCCGCCACAGAACAUCUCGAAAAGCUGUGUCGAUCAAUUGGGUCCUCCCUCUUCUAUCAUUCGUCAUCGGGUCCGCCAUGACUCUUGCAUCCACCAUCAUGCUCUCAGACUUCAAAAUGUUCCAAAUCGCUGCCCCACGCACUACGAGAUCCAUAGCACUUGGGUUCGACCUACAGAAGGCUAUGGCAGACCCUGCCGGAACCUCCUUCUGGCAGUCCAAACCGCAGGCGCAUUGGCGAUUUGCCGAGACUCGUCUCAACGCGACCGAUCAUAACAGUGCACUGAAACACGUCUCUGAUACGGGCGACAUCUAUCAAGCUUCGCUUCCUUUUGAUACAAUGGAGGAUAGAGCGUCUCUGCAAUAUUAUGAGGGGCCUGCCAUUGUCACCAACAGCAGGACAGUAUGUGUCGCGCCAACCCUUACCAACGCUACCAUCGAAUAUCAAUACACAGGCAGUGAACUCACGGAGGGACUGUAUCUGCAUGCGGAAGUGGACACUCUAGCCAGUUGGGAUUCGGGUCCGAGAAUUAACGGCAGCCAAGUGGCACAAAUAACAUGUCGCCUUAACAAUUAUUGGGACGAGACCUCGGAUUCCUGGCCAUUGUCGAUAUGCAGCUUCCCAAACAUUGACACUAGUGCUGUCAAUAUGAGUCUGAAAGACCCGCUGUCUGGACGCCCUUACACAUUUCAGUCUGUCCUUCUCUUAAAUGCAAGUUCCAUCCUAAACCUUGCCACCGUCAUACCUUCCUGGACAGGAUCAACUGAGAACUGGGCUACUGUCGCUGCAAUAGACGACCUUCAAAUGGACAAGUUUGUCAUGGAUGGUCCUUGGACCGCUGCCUUUGCAGCCAAUGGGUCGGAAAUACUGCAAGCUACCGUUUGCUUCACUACUCCGACCAUGCCACUUCUAUACAACGUGACGAUGUCAGGGAAAGCAAUCUUAUCAGAGCCAAGGUCACAAGCAAAGUUGAACGAGUUGAAACAAAAGUCCGCGAACGGAACAAAGUACCUCGAACAGUUGGGCAUCGGCGGUCCUUCAUUAGACCUUAUGGCGCGAGGGAUUCUGGAUCUUAAGGUUCAUUCGGAUCCCCAGAGUCUGGCUACCCAGGACUUCGAAGUUGUGGAUGCCGCCAUCGGCAAUUUGAUUCGCAUGAGUCUUUUUGACUUCCAAAUCGCAGGUGGAUGGGCUUUCAAUAAUGACGCCGUAAUGGGCUAUCUGGCAUCGUGGUUGCUUUGGCCAGCCAACUCUGAACAUUCUUUCCUAGUGCAGAAGAUUCUUCAUGACACUGGUGAUCCAUCAAUCGCUGUUCAAGCCUUAUUUUCACGCUUCGCCCAAAUGAUCUUUCACGACAUGUUACCAUACUGGACAAGAAAGCAGUCCAUUAUUACGGUCAAUGUUAAGCGUGUUCUGGUUCCUUCUCAAUGGACGGGACUCAUAAUCGUCUUGUCACUUAUAGUAUCCCACAUGGCUCUUAUGCUCGUCACAGUUGGGUGGUUCCUUGCUUCAACGAAAUUAUCCAUUUUGGGCAACACCUGGCAGGCUGUGUCCCAGAUCGUGUCUCCCGAGACAAGUGCGGUCUUGCAGACUGUUUCGAGUAGGGGUAUGACAGACGACGAAGUACAGAAGUGGAUUACAACGACGGCUUUUGACGACCAUAUCCAUAGCUUAUCAACAUCGGUUGACAAUGGGGAACUGAAUGUGAGAAGACGAUGA